CCUCCGUAUGAUUGGAUAAAUACUCCGUAUCUGAUUUUUUUAAUUCUCAAACCCAAUUCCAAAUUUGCCAUCUCUCAUCUUCUUCCUCCGGAACACCAGGGUAAAGAAAAUUCAAGAAAUCAUCCAAAAUGCUGAAAGCCCUCGCUUUUCUGGGGAAGAAGAAAUCUGCGCGGCCGUUUAGGGAUUUCUACGGCGAGUGGUUUAAGGCCCUGAAGAACGCCCACCUCCCCCAGCUACGCCGCGCCAUGUCGUCCGCCACCGUGUCUCCGGUCAUCCUCGCGGCCCACGUCGAUUCGCUGCACCGCCACUUCAUCUCCUACUACGAGGCUCUGGAUCUCGCCGCCGCGGACGACGUCGCUCAGGUCCUCUUCCCCGAUUGGCGGAAUUGCCUCGAGAAGCCCCUCCUCUGGCUCGGCGACAUCCACCCUUUUCUGUUCACGAAUCUGCUCCGGUCAUUUCUUGGCGACGGCUCCGACGAGGAAGGCGGCGAUUCCAGGGAGUUCGAGCUCUUCGCCGGGAAGCCGUGGUAUCUGGCGACGGCGUGGCGGAGCCCACCGAAGGCGUUGAUGGGCAGAGUCGAUCAGAUCGAGUGCGGGUUGCGGCUCAUGGUCCCCGCGCUGGCGGCGCGUUUGAAGCACGCGCAGGCGGCGUUCGCCGACCGCGUUGGCCGCGAGUGGGGUUGCUCCGAGGGGCGGAGCGAGGAGGCCAGGCAGGGGAUCGAGGAGUAUCUGGAGGCGGAGAUGGAGGAGCUCGUCGACAUUUUCGUCGACGCCAACCGUCUGCGGCGGAGCGUGCUGUCGGAUAUCUUGAACGUGACGGACGUCUAUCAGGCCGCCUUGUUUCUUGAAUCGCUGGCCCAAUUCCUUGUUGGGCUUCGGGACAAAAAGUUGUUGUCCCAAUUAGAGAAAUGCACAAUGCCCAUCAAUUGAUCCUCCAAAGCAUUAACGGGUCACCGCACAUUAUUGGGCCCUCUUUCACUGCAGCCCAUAUCUCAUUUUCCAUUCUUUUUGGUUGUCAAUUUAGUUGUUAAUUGUUCAUGGAUGUAACUGAAAAAACAAAAGAAAGUACAAUUAGUUUUAUAGUGUGAUAUGAUGAGUUAAAAAACAAUAUAAAAAUGGGCGGUUUUAGUUUAAUAAUGGGGUACAAUUGGU